UGUGGAUCAAUGGCAACUGAUGUUGAAGCCGCCGUCAUCCACGGGACUGAAGCUCCAGAGAAAGCCUGGCCAUGGAUGGUGAUGCUAAGAGGUUCAAAAGGACACUGUGGGGGCGUACUUCUCUCGGACACCUGGGUACUGACCGCGGCGCACUGUCUGCCUGGGAUCUAUCAAAUUGUCAUGGGCAAGAGAAACAAACAGGUGCGGACAGAAUAUGAGCAGCACCGACGGGCCAGCCGCGAGUUUAUGCACCCCGAGUCCAACAUUCACGACAUGGGACUCGUAUUGUUGGACCAACCGGUGGAGUUCAGUGAGUACGUCAGGCCAGCUUGUCUGCCCAACUCCUCCAUCAGCGAAUACACCUCGUGUUACGUCUGCGGCUUUGGGGUGACGAACCCUGCAGAGUUUGUCGUGUCCCAGACACUGCAACAAUUGAAGGUGCGCAUCAUGGACAAAGAACCGUGCAUCCGUGCUUGGCUCACUGUGGAGUUCUGGCUCGCAGAUAACAGCAUCUGCCUUGACAGGGAUCCUGACAACCAGGGAUCAGGGAUCUGUAACGGAGAUUCAGGAUCCCCACUCAGCUGUAAGCACGGGAAUACAUUUCACGUCAUAGCGAUAGCGAGUCUUGUUGAGAAAAACUGCUCCAAACUCAUACUGCCGGAUGUCUACGCGCUAACAGCCCCUUACGCCCAGUGGAUCAAGGAA